UAUGGGUAACUCCUUCAAAGUAACAAUUGAACCUGGAGUUUUUCAAGUCAUUGUUGAAGGGAUUGUUUCCGGUGGAAAAUUAGGAGACAUUGCUAUAGAUGAUGUAAAAAUUGGAAAGUGUAGUUCUCUAGAAUGUAAACGUAACGUAAUAGGAGAAGACUUUGAAGGAGUUACCCAUAGUAGAACAAUUAAGAAUAUUACUUGUCUAAAAUGGACAGAACUAGUGACAAUUAUUCUUAAGCAAUCUGAAAAGGAGCUAUUUGAAUUUCCUGGCACAAGCCUUGAACAAGUUGCUAAUAACUUUUGUAGAAAUCCAACAAAAGAUCCCAAAGGUCCUUGGUGUUUUACAACAUAUUCUGGUUUAAGAGAAUAUUGUAAUAUUCCAUUAGAAUCUGUUUGUUUGGGAUAUGACAGAAAACGUCCCCAAAUUCAUGAUUUAACCCUAACCAUAACCUAG